AUGAAUCCUUUAAAAGAACAAGAUGAGAACCUAACUUUCAACAUCAUUGUUAAGGAAGACGCUGAAUACUCCAAGGAUUUGAACAGUACGGAAGAAGUGGGAGAAAAUUUUAGGAGUGCUACAGAGGCUAAUAAAGAAACGCACUAUAUUGGUGUUAGAAAACGGCCAUGGGGAAAGUAUGCAGCUGAGAUAAGGGAUUCCACAAGAAAUGGAACAAGGGUUUGGCUUGGGACUUUUAACAGUGCGGAAGAAGCUGCUUUGGUUUAUGAUCAGGCUGCAUUUGCGAUGCGAGGAGCCUCAGCACCCAUAAAUUUUCCGAUAGAAAAAGUAAAGGAAUCUCUUAGAAACAUGAAUUACAGGUGCAAGGAUGGUUCAUCUCCAGCUGAAACCAUAAAAGAGACUCACAGGACUCGGAAUUCGUCGAAGAGCAAAGGCAAAAGGAAACAAAUUAGCGAAGAAAAUGUUUUGGUGCUUGAAGACUUGGGAUCUGAUCUAUUAGACCAGCUAUUAUCUGAGAAUUGA